CAUUUUAGAGCAGCCCUGAGGGAAUUUUUCUCAAAUAAUCAAAUAAUCUGAAUCGCGAAUAUCUGAACGUCUGUAGCUCAAAGUUUCGAUCAAUUCGCAAAGGCUGGCUGCUGCGCUUCUAGACCUCCGCAAAGGAUGGAACCGCCAGCUCAAUCAGCUCAAGCUCUUUCAGCUAGCCAGCAGCAGCAAGAACAGCAAUUAGAGACGCAGAAAUCGCAUCCGGGAAACAGUAGAAUUGCGACAACAGAAGGCAAUGUAUCAACGGACCAUAUUGGUUCCGAUUCAUCACCUUUGUCGAAAUCAGCAGCAACAACAUCCCUCUUGGACUUUUCCGGAGCGCGAUUUCCGCAAUUAUCAGCGUCCACUACUGAAAUUCUCAAGCGCAUGAAGGAAAAUCCUGCGGCUAUGCAAGGAUGGGAGGCUGCAAGAGAACAGGUGCUAAAGCGCAUGGUUACAAGUCACAAUAUGCCCACACCACCAUUAAAUACGUCAUCACGAGGCGGGCGUGGACGGGGUAGAGGACGGUCCACGGGCAGUCCAGCCGCACGAGGUACUAUCAAAGUUGAGACGCCUACAAGUGUGAAACUAUCAGAAUCAACGACGGUUACACCUUCGUCAGCGGGAAGAGGCCGAGGCAGAGGCCGAGGAGGAGGAUCAUCAGCAAGCCGUGGCAGCGGAGCCAGAAGGAGAGGAGCGAAAAGAAAAAGCGCACCGCAUGAUUCAGGAAAUGACAGUGAUGGAUCUGAUAUUUCAGACUAUACACCACUUCCCACCAAGACGAAAUCUGGACGACACAUUCAUCGACCAACACCUUUCACACCUGCCUUGGCUACUCCUACGAACCCAAACUCCAUGCGCGGACGGCGCGGAUACAAGCGCGCCCCUGAAGCCACCGUAUGCAAAAUAUGUCUGCGCGGACCAAGCCCCGCAUCCAACAUGAUUGUCUUCUGCGAUGGUUGCAACGCUUCGUAUCAUCAAUUCUGUCAUGGGCCCCCGAUUCCCGCAGAAGUCGUGCGUAUUCCUGAACGAGAAUGGUUCUGCAUCACUUGCACCGCUCCGAAGGAGAAGGAGAAGGAGAAGAACAAGAAGAGGAAGCAGGAACAUGCGUCUGAACCUGUAGUGCUAGCCAAAACUUCCUCACUAACUUCUAUCCCUGCUAAUGCGGGACACCGCGUGAGUGGCGACGGCCUUACAGCUGAGCAGAAACACGCAUAUCUCAGUGCAUUACCACAUGCGCACCUCGUUGACCUCCUCCUCCACGCCAUCUCUUUACAUCCCUCACUCCCUGUUUUCCCUGCCCGGACAACAGGCCCUCUCAAAAGUGGUUCCGCACAAGCUGCAAAGUCCAAUGGAAACAAUGACGUCUCCUCUACACCCUUGACUUUGGCGCACGAUUCCUCUCUAUUACCAUCCUUAUCAUCAUCUUCUUCCUCUGGCCUAAAUCUAUUACCGUCUUCAUCAACAACAAUAUCCUCCGCUCCUAGUUACACUGUCUCCCAAUUAGCCGACAAUAACAAGGACAUCGACAACGACGUGGAAUUAGACCUCAUGGAACCGGAAGCGGAAGCAAACGCUGCUAAUGAUGAUGUCGAGGGAGACUUACUUGACCCUCCGUACCCCAAAGCUGGCAAUGGGGUUCUACUACCGCCCGAAAGCGACGACAUUGCCUGGCUGAUUGACGACAGUAUUGGCGUGUUCAGCCACGCGUGGCGCGAUGGCGAGGAUGGCGAGUUUCAAUCUCUUUCGCAGCCGAAUCAGCCGCCUCAGCCGCCUGCGGAUUCCUUGGGUGCUAUUGCUACCUGAGCCCUCUUUUUUCUUCUUUCAUUUCGUUUUCAAGUCAUUUUGUCUUCCUUUCCCCCCUUUUUUUUUUCUUCAUUUUGUUGUCUUGUUCCCCCUUUUUCUUUUCUUUUCGUCUUCCUUUUCUUCUUUUCCUCUUUUCCUCUUUCCCUCUUUCUUUCUUUCUGGUUUGUUUUUGUUUUUUUUUUUUUUUUUUUUGUUUUUUUUU